UUUGCCGACACAAGAGGAUUCAAGAGUAUCACCCCCGAAUUAGAAGAACAAGAAGGCGAAAGUACCGAAGAAUACUACUCCGAAACUCGCGAAUCAAGCGAAGAAGAAAAUCGACUAACAGAUUACGACCUUGACGAGGAGCAAAGAAUACCUCUCCCACAAUAUCCAACACCCGAAGAUCCUCCAAUAGUAAGAACCCCUUCUCCAACUCCAAACCCUACACCAGAACCAGAAGAAAUGGCGAACGUCGAUGCUGUUUUAGCCGCGUCGCAAAACAAUGGACGUCCAAAUUUAGAUAGUCGAUCAAUUAACAAAGGAUCAUCGAUUACUAAUAAUGGAAAUACUGCGUUAAUAAUGCAAAUCGAAGAACUAACCAAUGCAUUAAAAGGAAAAGAUGUGGAUUCAACCGACAGAAACUCCCUUUUAGCUACACACGAAAUCCUAGCUGGUGAGAAGAAACCCCGAACCGCCGAACGAUAUAACCCAAUGGGUAAGAAACAUGCUACACGGAGCACUCACAAGGAAGGCGAACCGAAUAUUAUCGAGGGAAAUGAUGGGAUCGAGGAGGAUGAACCAUCAUUUGUAGAGGAAUAUGACAAGAAAAGAAGGAAGGUUAUUAGUGGAAGGAACGAAACUGGAGAAAUACAAAAACAAGUUGAAGACCGCCGAGAGGAAAACCCAGGAAUUAAAGUUCGACGGGGAGUCUAA